AUGUGCAGCAUCUAUCAGAGAUCUCAGCCGCAGCCCACAGCGCAAGCUGACUCCCUUAAUGACCACACUGUAGUUAAGCACAAGCACUUAUACGUGGCUUUAUUCGGCCAGAACUACUAUGGUGCUGCCGAGGCAAUCCUGUCCGAUAGCCCUCUGGGUUUGACCUGUGGCAUGGUGUGUCCCACCUCUGAUCUGUGUGUGGGGGGAUAUAACCUCUAUGCUUCUGAGGAAGGCCCCAUCAAUAUUGGUGGGCUGCAGCAGUUUCCCACUGAGUUCCGUUUGCCCUAUGAGGUGGUGCAGUUUGAGAUUGAUCUGAUGAAGGAUCUUGGUGUAAAGGUUGUUCAGAAGGGACUGGGGCAGACUUUGACCUCACUGAAGGAAAGGGCUUCCGAGUGGUCUUUGUUGGCAUUGCUGCCAAAACUGCAUGGGAAUGUGAAUGUCCUAAGCCCAGGAGAUACAGCGUUUGACUGCGCCACCUCUGCUCUCUGCUAUGGAGCUUGACGAGUCUUUGUGGUCUUUAGAAAGGGCUUCACCAACAUUCACACUGUUCCAGAAGAGAUGGAGGUGGCCAAAGAGGAAAAGUGUGAGUUCCAGCCCUUCCUGUCCCCUUGUGAGGUAAUCAAGAAAGAUGGGCAUGUUGUAGGCCUGCGUUUUUGCCAAACAGAGCAACAGGAUGAUGGGACCUGGGUUGUUGAUGAAAAAAUUGUCCACCUGAAAGCACACUUCAUCAUCAAUGCCUCUGGCUACAUGUUGAACGAUCUAGAAGUGAAAAAGGCCCUGGAACCAGUAAAGAUGAACGGAUGGAGGACACCUGAGGUGAACAGCGAAACCAUGCAGACCAGUGAACCCUGGGUGUUUGUCGGCGGAGACAUCGCUGGCUUGGCCAACACCACCGUGGAGUCUGUCAACGAUGGCAAACAAGCUUCCUGGCACAUACACAAGUACAUCCAGUCCCUUCAUGGUAACACAUUAAGCACCACUCCCAAACUGCCCUUGUUCCACUGCGCCAUCAAUACAGUGGACAUCAGCCUGGAGAUGUGUGGGAUUAAGUUUCCUAACCCGUUUGGGCUGGCCAGCGCCCCACCCACAACCAGCACCGCCAUGAUCUGCAGAGCCAUCGAGCAGGCUGGGGCUUUGCCCUCACCAAGACCUUUGGCCUGGACAAGGAUUUGGUGACCAAUGUGUCACAGUGAACCGUUCGUGGGACUACCUCAGGUCACAUUUUUGGUCUCGUUCCUCAACAUCAAGCUCAUUAGUGAAAAAACAGCCGCCUACUGGUGCAAGAGCGUGGCCGAACUCAAAGCCGACUUCCCCAAAAAUAUUAUCAAUUCCAGUAUUAUGUGCGGGCACAACCAAGCUGACUGGACUGAGCUGGCAAAGAUGGCUGAGGUAAUUCAAUCCGCCCCAUAGCUCUGUGUGUGGUGUCAGCUGUAGCGAAAGCUCUUCCUGGCUUCCCGAUUUUGGCUACUGGAGGUAUUGACUCGGCAGAGUCUGGAUUACAGUUCCUACAUGCUGGAGCAUCUGUUCU